ACAACUAUGUAUUAUGGGCACUGGUUUGAUGGACCUGAUCAAACAUGUUCUCCAACGGGCACGAUGCUAAGAUUGCUGCUUCUUUCUCCUACAUACUGGGGGACAUACUGCUAUUCUCCGGGACUGUACUACCCCGGUGGAUGGGCUACAGCGGGUCAAUUAUCCGAAUCAUGGAAUGGAAUUGAGAUAACAAGUAGCACCAGUGGAGCGAUUUGCUGUCCUUUUAUGGCUACUACGCCGGCGGCCAUUAAUGCAGCGGUGUCCUCCCUGCAAAAGGAGACUGUCACACUGGCGGCAUCUGGUAUUAUAGCCACCAGUACCCUCCCGACACCCCUAACUGUCUACGCCGAUAGGAUUCCGCUCAUUUGGGAGGCGUCCGACCUUCCCAAGUCGACAAGUGUGUUACAGACAUCGACAUCAUCUUCAUUUGAUUCAACUUCGACGUUGCCCCAGCAAGUUCGAUGGGGUCACUCGGGUCAAUCUGGACUCGAACAAGGCAAAGAUCGGGAUUGGAGUAAGUGUUCCUCUAGUGCCUUUGCCGUAGGAGCAGGUGUAUUCUUUUAUAUCCUACGACGGCAUCGAGAGCGGAGAAUGAAUCACACUCGGCCAUUGUCAGAGAUGUAUGUCAGACCGUCAGGACCCGGUGGAACUUGCCUCCUCAAAUCCGCGCUCGGAACUGGCGUCUUCAUCCACAGUUCGAUAUGA